AACCCGUUGGGUGAAGAAGCCAAUUGAAAUUAUUACUCGCGAGAAAAACAACGCACAGAGGAUAGAGAGAUAAAGCAUCGAAUCGAGGCGUGUACAGUGCUGUUCCUUGGGAUUCUGCACCGCCAUUACCUCCAUUGCCUCUCCUCCGCGUCCAUUACUUGGGGGAGGCGAAGGAGAAAGGAGGAAAAUAUGGAGGAAUUUCAACUUUUUUGGUUUAUUUUGCAUUAUUUUUAGUUUGAUCGGUAAAUGCUGAGUUUCCGGCGUUUCUGCAGGGAUUGAAGGUUUAAAAUGGUUGUUCGUUUGUUGAAUUUUGGGAUUUUGGCGGGUGAAGUUACGGAGUAGGUGAAUGUAAUGUAGUUUCGUAUGUUUUUAUGGAUGAACUUUGGUUGAGGAUCGAUUAGAUUAGAGUUUUUCUCCAAAGGAGAGGAGAAUUUCUUUAUUCAUGGCGAAUAGAGGGUCGUUUUCUCAGCAGCAGCAACAGAACACUGGUGUUUUAUCUGAAGGGGACGGUAGGAGGGAUGCGUUGUAUGACGAGUUAUGGAAGGGUUGCGCUGGCCCUUUGGUGGAUAUUCCAAAAGUUGGGGAAAGAGUAUACUACUUUCCUCAGGGUCAUAUGGAACAAUUAGAGGCUUCAACAAAUCAAGAACUAAAUCAGAGGAUACCUAUGUUUAAUCUGCCCUCAAAGAUCCUUUGUUCUGUAUGCAACAUUCAGCUGCUGGCCGAGCAAGAAACUGAUGAAGUGUACGCUCAGAUUACAUUGAUGCCUGAAGCAAAUCAAACUGAACCAAAAAGUCUUGACAAAUCUUCGGAUGAGCCUCAUAGACCUGCGGUCCACUCAUUCUGCAAAGUUUUGACGGCAUCUGAUACAAGCACCCAUGGUGGAUUCUCGGUCCUUCGGAAACAUGCCAAUGAUUGUCUCCCUCCUUUGGAUAUGACUCAGCAGACACCUACUCAGGAGCUGAUAGCCAAGGAUCUUCUUGGAAAUGAAUGGUCUUUCAAGCACAUUUAUAGAGGUCAGCCUAGGAGGCAUUUGCUUACAACAGGGUGGAGUACAUUUGUUUCUUCUAAGAGAUUAGUUGCUGGGGAUUCGUUUGUGUUUCUAAGGGGGGAGAAUGGUGAGUUACGAGUGGGGGUCCGGCGCCAUACCCGUCAACAUAGUUCAAUCCCAUCAUCAGUUAUUUCAAGUCAGAGCAUGCACUUGGGAGUGCUCGCGACAGCAUCUCAUGCGCUUUUAACUCACACCCUUUUUGUUGUUUAUUACAAGCCAAGAAUAAGUCAGUUCAUUAUAGGACUGAACAAGUAUCUCGAAGCUGUAAGCCAUGAAUUUUCUGUCGGGAUGAGAUUCAAGAUGCGGUUUGAGGGGGAAGAUUCUCCUGAGAGGAGAUAUUCUGGUACAAUAGUUGGUGUCGACGCCAUUUCCUCUCAGUGGGACGACUCUAAGUGGCGAUCUUUGAAGGUCCAAUGGGAUGAGCCUGCAUCCAUUCCAAGACCGGAAAGGGUUUCUCCUUGGGAAAUAGAGCCAUUUACGGCAACUGUGUGCAAUCCGGCGCAGCCAUUGACGACAAAGCAUAAGAGGCUUCGAGCUCAUGUGGAAAUCCCAGAAAAUUGGACUGCCCCAGCAACCCGGAAUCUAUCUCAGGAGCCACGCCAAAUAAAUGAUGGCCCUGAAAGAAAACAAAGCAAAAUCGAUGAUUCAUUUGCUAAACAAGCUGACAUUGCCACGACUCUCGCACAAUCCUUAAACUCUCGUCUGGAUGGGGUAGAGCAGCAACAAUCACCUAAUUUGAAUGCUCCAAGUGUUUUGGUUGACGAGACAAAGGAUCUCAACAGUGCAUCAAUUUGGUCGAUGCCUUGGCAUAAUGAAAUGAAAUCAGAUGCUGUUGCAGUAUGCAGGUUGUUCGGGUUCGACCUCAAAAACCCCUUUUUAGUACCUCUUCAUGGGCAUCCUUCAUCGCAAUCUAUUGACGCGUCACAAGAAGGCUUCGAAUUUCGCAUUCCAACCACAAUGCUAUCAGCUGAUUCAGAGCAUAAAUCCAGCGUUCGGAAUGAUAAAAAAGAAGUUGAGAAAUCUCAUUCGAAAUUACCAACAAAGGAGGUUCAGAGCCGCCAUGCCAGAAGUUGCACCAAGGUACAAAUGCAAGGAGUUGCCGUUGGCCGUGCAGUGGACUUGAACACAAUGAACGGUUAUGAUGAGCUCAUAACCGAACUGGAAGAGAUGUUUGAAAUCAAAGGAGAGCUGCAGCCGAGAAAUAAAUGGGAGGUCGUAUUUACAGACGAUGAAGGUGACAUGAUGCUGAUGGGCGACGAUCCAUGGAUAGAAUUUUGUGGCAUGGUUCGAAGGAUUCUCAUUUGUUCCAGUCGGGAUGUGAAGAAAAUGAAAGGAACAAAAGCCCCCUUACCAUCGACAAGCGAUUGCCAGUGAACUGUAAGUUGCGAAUCGUAGAAAUUUCACUUUCGACACCUCCUAAUCGUUUGAUCCUUUUUAAUAUGUGCACGAUGAUCGUUUUGUGAAAUCAUUUUGACUCGGAGUGUCUCUAGUCGAGUAGGCGUUUUAGAUUCUGUGCAUAUUCGGGGGGCCUGGCCUCGGGUUUUCGUGGCGACGAAUCCCGACUACUACGGCAAUGAUACUCUGCCUGUAGGUGUAUACUGUGCCUGUAUGUGUGUAUAUAUAUAUAUAUAUAUGGUGUGUUCUGGCACCUGGUAUUGAGGCUUAAAGGCUUUACUUACUCGCAGUAUUAUUGAUCCUUUUCAAAUGUGUUCUUGGAUUUGUGCCGUUC